AUGUCGAAAAUCUCCAAUAAUGACAUGGAUGGCAUGAACUCAAGCUACGGAUCCAUGGGUCGGAAAGUGCCAACUCAUCCGACUAAGUUGCGGGUAAUGCGGGGGUCUCAAAGCAAACUAUGGAACCACCCACAUCUCGUCUCGAACUCCAUGGGCGGCAUUAUACAGACUCAGCAGGUGCAUGAACAACUUCCCUGCUUGAGAUACGUUUAUGAUCCAUCCAGGCCGCCACGGACCAGCGGGAUCGGGCAAGACCAGAGUGGAGAGUUGAGGGCAUCGCCUACCGAGAAACGCCACACAAGUACGUAUGUCGAAGAGCUUCUGGACGCAGCAGUCAACCACGCCGUAGAUACUACUCGCGCGACUACUUUUCUCUGGGGUUUAGGCGCAAUUAUCCUUGCGCAACUCGCCAACCCACCCGAGAUUUGCAGAUCUCGUUUCAAACAAACCAGCUGA